AUGGCAAGAUCAGGUCAUUCCACUCACUUGUCUCCUGGAAGACAUAGGGCAUGUCAACCCCAGACACAGAAGCUAAGCCAGGAGAUCCUGGCGGCUGGGAAGAGAGUCAUGGCUGAAUUGUCUGAUGACGAGUUGGAGAAGGCAAAAGAAACCACCAAAGAAUGGUCCAACAACUGUCCUCCUCCCGAGAUACAAGCACAGGUCACCUCUUGGCAGAAUGAACAGGGCAAGGUGCUGUUCGGGAUGCACAAUAAUAAUGAGGCAUUAGGAGAUGGGGACAGCUUCAUGAAGACAAAGGACUGGGAGGACAUUGAGCCAGUGUGGCAGGAGUACGCACAGGAACAGUUUGGAUGGGAUGUCAUUGCUUCUGGACAUCACCAAACAAAACUCGAGGAGAAGAAGGCCAUAGAGCCUUCCAAGUUGCAAAAUUGGGAUACGACAGCCCUCCUCAGUUUCUGGUAUGCUCGGCAGGAGAAAGGUGAAGGAUCAACAUUCAUGUUCAAAGCGUGGAAGAACAAAGAUGGCGACAUGGUAGCAUUGGUCGUAUCAGUUGACACCUCUUUGACCAGCCUCAAGGAAAUCACUGCCAAGAUCAUGGCCAUCAUCACUGGUGCUCAGCAGCUUCCUCUGGGCCAUAGCCACUUUUCUCUGACAACCCAGGCUGAUGCAGUCUGGCACUAUGGGAGUGGUCCCUACCUUCCAGGUCUCGUCUGGCCCAACUGGCACAGCAUCGGGUACGACAAUACCCAUUUGUUGAUGCACCCGUGGCGCAGCAAGGUUCUUGCCUGCGAGGAGUUAGGUGAUCACACCUUUGAUCUCCCGGUUGUGGCCGGUCCUUCAGUAGGUCCAAUUCUUGUGGAUCUUCCACCCUCGCCUGUCAUCGCCAGGCCUUCUACCAACCCUGCCUCCGAGUCCUGGGAGAAGGGAAAAUGUAAGGCAGUUCUCCCGGACCCAGAACCAGAAGUGGAAGGGAGUCGGAAGAGGAAGUCUCCCAUGAUUCUGGCACUUCCCUUCCAACCCCCGAGGUCCACUAUGAAGACUUGGAAGCAGGCAAAGACAGCUGGCCUUGGCAAGUACAAGGUGUUUGUUGAGUCGGAAGAUGAGGAGGACUCAGUCACUCAGCCGAUUUCAUGUGGAGUGCUGGAGGUCGUCCUCCCCCGGCUCUCCCCAGAUGUUGCAAGGACAACUGGAUCACCUCAGUCACCCCAGAGCCCAAAGAAGAAACCCUUCGGGCCUACUAUGGCAAUUGCCGGCAAAUGUCCAGAGGUCAUUGAGCCCCCUCAGGCAACUCCUGAACCUCCGAUAGAGGCUUGCCACAAGAUGGAAUGGCCCUGUGCAACUUGGUUUGACAAGAGGACCGGCGCCCUGUGCAUGUCCUGCGUCUACUGCACCACCAAGAAGAUCAAGUGCAUCUCCGUCAAUCUGUCACCCGGACCACCCGGACCACCAGGAGAGCCAGAUCCAGGACCCCUUCCAAAGCUCCCUCCAAAGCUCCGGCCACCUCACAAUCUACCGGCUGGAUGUGGAGUCAAUCUCGGGUCUCUUCUGUCAAUCCUGGUCCAUCUCGUGCCCAAACACCAAAGCAAGACUGUCACUGCUGCCAAGGAACCUACACCUGCACCAGCUCCAUUUCCACUUCCAGACGCCCAAGGUGAUGCAACAUCAUUUUUGCUUGAUCAACCUGUCCCUCUGGCCAUGUCAACCUCCGCAUCCGCACUUCCUCCUCUCAUUGACCUGUCUAUGAAAGGGAUGGAGCCCAACUCUCUCAACCUUCAGGAUCAGUCUGCCAUCAAUGGACUCAUAUUUGAGCUCAACCAAAUUCAUCCUGAGGUUUCACAGACGCUCGGCAAAAUUGUGAAACUGGAUGAUCCAGGCAAUCUUUUCCCAGAGUAUGAUUCAGUUGAAGAGAUGGAUGUUCAAGUGAAGGGUGAACCUUCUGGUGAGGAUGUUGACAUGACUACAUAA